AUGAGCCAGCAGAUAAUCGCAGGACCAACCGGCAGCAAUACACCUGGCCAGCAGCGGUUGACUACUGCGCUUGCCAACUUCCUUACGCAACUCGACCCGGCCGAUCAAACGACUCUAAAUCAAAUUUCUCAGCCCGAUGUUACAGCCGUAACACAGUUCUGCGCGAAAUUUGAUAGCGAUUCGAACUUGCGUCGGAAACGUCUCGGAGAGAAGCUUCAGCCAUUCCUCCUAUUUAUACAAAGUCUUGGUGAUGUAAUCGGGGUUUAUAUUCAAAGCGACCCGACAAUUGCGGCACAUGUCUGGGGAACGGUAAAACUAGUACUUCAGAUUUCCUCCAACUACUUUGACUACUUCAUAAAGAUAUCCGAUAUGAUCGUGAAAUUGCAACACCACUGUCCGAGAAUUGAGAGAAUCGGAAAGCUAUUUCAGAAUUCCCAGAAGUUGCAAGAUGCCAUACUCGGAUUCUACGCUAUUAUAGUAGAGUUUUGCCUCAAGCAGUUUGUCAAGUCAAUCUGGAAACCAUUCAAAGUUCAGUUUGCAGAUCUUGAAGGACAGCUGGAAGAACAAAGGCAUAUGAUUGAUGACGAGGUCUUGAUUGCAUCUGAACUUGCGGCUCAUCAGGCGGCGCAAUGUACUCUGAUCUACCAAAAUCGUGGAUAUACUCAUCGAGAGUUCGAGGUUAACCAAUGGACACGAAAUAAGGAGUGGCAACUAAAACAGGAUUUAGCGGCCAAAAAAAGAAAACUUAGUAGAAUUCUAGAAAGGAUUUCUGGAUUGGACCAUAGACGCUCUUUCAGCAAUGCUCGCGGUAGACGGCAUCCCGAGACAGGAAAAUGGUUUUUUCAGUUGCCUGAAUUCAAAAAUUGGGACGCGGCGCUUGAUUCCUCGGCAUUAUGGUAUAAUGGCAUACCUGGAUCUGGAAAAUCAAUCUUAGCAACCUCAGUUAUCGAACAUUUAUAUACCCUUCACAAAAACAAAAAAACGUCGAUAAUCUACUUCUUUUGCGAUUUUCACACCCCGGAGACCCUCAGAUACCGAAACAUUUUAUCCAGCUUACUCAAACAGGCCGUGAUCCUAAAUACAACACUAUCAAACCAGGCGCAAGCGGAGCUUGAGACUUCCUAUCUUGACUCGCAGUUCCUACCAGAUGCCUACAAGAUCGAGGCCUUCUUUUCUCAAUUUGCGCAGAAACUUGGCACACUCUAUAUCCUUAUUGAUGGGAUAGAUGAGUGCCCUGAAGAGGAACGACUGGACCUAAUUGCAUUUCUGAAACGAUUUUUGGCUAGGAAUCUACAGCAGACGAAAUUUAUACUUUCCAGUCGGCCUGAUAUCGAGAUUCCGAGAGCUUUACCAAUAUCUUACAGAAUUUCCAUCUCAAGCGCGGCAAGCCGCCCUGACCUCGAGGCCUACAUAUCUCACGAACUCGAAUCCAAAUGUCCCAACCUUGAGGUUUACUCCCCACAAAUAAAUCAAGAUAUCAAACAGGCUCUCCUUAAGGGUGCAAAUGGAAUGUUCUUAUGGGUCUACUUUCAAAUCCAAGAUAUUCGUAGAGCGGGAAACAAAGACAAAAUCUAUCACCUUCUCAGUGACCUUCCACGAGGUCUUCAUGAGACUUACGCACGGAUUCUGCAUAGGAUACAGGAAGAACGAGACGAAGAUGAGGCAGUCAUGGUAUUCAACUGGUUAUCAAAAUGUCGCCGGCCGCUUACUUUGCCCGAACUUAGGGACGCCAUAGCAAUUCGAAUUGGGGACACACGGCAUGAUCAGAUUAGGAAACUACGCCUCCUUGAACCAAUUUGUCGCUUCACUCUUGAAAUGGUUUUGGGCAACCAGCAUCAGCCAGAUAUUGGACAUGCUACCGAACUUGUUCGUCCCUUCCAUGCCACUACGGGUCCUAGUGUCGAAGCUCAGGCCCAACCGAGAUUUCCUUGCCUCAAUUAUGUAACGGAAUAUUGGCUUCAUCAUUUUGGAGACGGGAGCGCGAGCGAAUUAACAUCUCGGGCGCAACAUCUCGAGACCCUUUUAGACGAGUUGAACCUCCCUUUCCCAUAUAUGCCUAGGAUAAAGGGGCUUGAGAAACCGGAUGCUAAUGACCUCCUUCUCUGGGCUUGCGAAAAUGAUAACGCGCCAUUAUUCGCAGUUCUAUUUUUCAAAUCUAGGCCGCCUUUGCAGGCAACCCUACUAUUGUCAGCUCAUGGAUUUCGGGCUAUCAAUAUUCCAAAAGAUGCCACAGGAGAUGUAGGAAUGGUACUAAGCUACGCAAUUCAAAGAAGUAGCUUGGAGGUUCUCCGCUAUAUCUUGGAAGACCCUCCAAUAACCUUCCGAACAGGCAUUCGGAGUAUUAGGGGCACCCUAAAUCUAGCCUUGAACGAAGAAAACCCCACCGAGCUCAUUUAUUACCAUGUCGCGCACAAGAUUUAUGGUACGAACUGUUAUCAAGGAAGCGAAAAUUACUUGCUCAGCAUGGCAGCGAGAAUUGGUCACCUAGAAGUCUUUAAUAUUCUCCUGAAGGUGCAUCUCGCGGUUAUGCCCAGCGGAUUAGGAAUAAAAGCCAAUAAACACUUACUGUUACUGCGGCAGGCUAUUGAUGGCGGGAACAAUCAUAUUUUCAAGGCUUUAUUCUGUACCCCUGGGAUCAGGGAUACGAAGGCCUUCCGGCUGUCUUUUGCAUUGGCUGUUGGUCGUAUGAACCAGGAGUUAAUCAGAUAUCUGGUGGGUGACCGGGACACCUUCCUAGCGUAUUUAAAGAUUCAGGACUGUUGGUCUUGUUUUGCGGAUGACAUAUGGCCUGCAAAUCAUGCAGGUUUAGAGCUACCGAGAAUCCGGGGUCGGGCCGCUUUGACAGCUGAAGCAUUAGCCCAUUUUGACCUGGCUGACGAUAAUCCGAUCCUGAUUGCGAGGGCCCGUGGCUACCGAGGUACCGUUAGACUGAUACUCAAAGAAUUGAGCAAACUAUGCAACGAGCUUGUUGAUAUCACCGGACGCUGCAACAGAAUGCUAUCAUGUAUUAGCCUAGAAUUCCUUCGCGAGGCGAUUAUACGCGGGGACAUCGGAUACUUAGAAUUAUGGGAAAACAGGGUCACUGAAGACGAUCUGCGGCAGUUAUGCCCCUGCAAGCGUUAUACCCUUGAUCUCAUGCAUGAAGCUAUCAGGCACAAACAAAUAGCUUCGGUGAUAUGGCUCUUCAAAGUGCAGCACUACACUAGAAGCCAAGUGGAAGAAUACAAGGAAAACGCAUUGAAGUGCAGCGAUCAGGAUAUCAUAGACUUUUUGGAGACAAAAUGGUUAGAAACCGAGAACUAG